UAUCGCACGUCAGUGUCCAUUCUUUCGUCUUCGACCCUCUUUUCUCGUUUCACCCGCACUGUCAUUAUCCCUGGGGGAUAUCACCCGCUCGAGUUAGUCGUCCCGAGCGCGCGCUCGAGCCCGUAUACACACCUUUGCGGAGUGACUUUGAUUUUGCCAACUCGUACAGCUGUAGCAGGCUUAUUUUCUUUAGUGGCUUUCUGAGGGCCCGAAGUAGGAGGAGCUCAAAGAAUCAGCUGCUUGCCGUUUACUGUGCUAUACAACUCGUUCGCUGACCCUCUACAAAUGACUUUGAAGAUGCUGCGGGAGAACAAAAUAUAAUCACUUGUGCUGGGACUACGUCAAAAAGGUGAGAUGAUCGACGUGGAGGCGGCCCUGCUGGAGGGCUCCCCGACAAUGUCGACGAUAUCCUCGGACUACACGGACCAGACGUACGUGGACAGUCCGUCGCCGGACUCGCCGAUGAUGAACACUCCGCUGUUCGCCAACAAAGUGCAGCUGGACGAAGACGAGGAAGAACUCACGACCAAGAUCGUGCAUGGCCGGCGCCCCAGUAGGAAGCCCAAAUUCCGGAUAAGGCCGCCCUACCUCAUGAUAUGCAUCAGUUUGAUCGAGAUAACAGUUCACUUCCUGGGCGACGACGCGACGCUGCGCGACUGGCUGAUCUACGACACCCAGCAGCGUAUCCAGGGCUGGAGGUUUAUUUCCUACAUGCUUUUGCACUCAAACGCCCUUCACCUCGCGACGAACGUGCUCAUUCAGCUGCUACUGGCCACUCCACUUGAGGUGGAGCAGGGCCGGCUCGCGGUCGGCACGAUUUACCUCGGCGGCGGUGUCUGUGGUGCCCUUGGUGCCUCCCUACUACAGCCGAACCGCUAUCUCGUCGGCGCUUCCGCCGGGGUGUACGCUCUGCUCACCAGCCACCUCGCUCAUCUCUAUCUGUGCCACGGUGAGCUGCGCUACGCGGGCUGGCGGCUGGUGGCGGUGCUCCUGUUGGCCGGGGCGGACGUGGCGUCGAUGCCGGUGCCGGCGCUUCUGGGCUACGGGCUCGUGGGCUGGGCAGCGCACGGCGCCGGGGCCCUAGCCGGGCCCCUCCUGGGCCUCGCCGUGUUUCCCCGGCACAGCAAAAAGGACGCUCGCGGCCGCAGCUUCGUCCGCUUCGUCAGGCUCGUCUCGGCCGUGAGUCUGCUCCUACUCGUCGUGGGGGCCAUUCUGGGCAACGUCUACCUCAUCGCCCUCCCCCAGAUGAGCAGGCCCUCCUGACAAAGGAUAGAGAUCUUCGUCCAG